AAGAAGAAAGCGCUCUGACGGAAGUCACAAUUACGUCAGUUGAGCUUCAAGUGCUACCGUGUCUUAACGCCGAGAGAAGGCCAUGGCUCGUGGGCAGCAGAAGAUCCAGUCUCAACAGAAGAACGCAAAGAAAGCAGCUGAGAAGAAGAAAGGUCAAGGGGCGGAUCAGAAGACUGCAGCCAAAGCAGCGCUGGUCCACACAUGUCCUGUCUGCAAGACACAGAUGCCAGACCCCAAGACCUUUAAACAGCAUUUUGAAAGCAAACACCCAAAAUCUCCUAUGCCUCCUGAGCUGGUGGAUGUUCAAGCCUAAAGGACACAAGAAACCAGCAUGGACCUAAAACAGGGUCAUCUCAUAAUUAUGAUCCAAUUUUCAGACCCCGAGGAAUGAAACCUGAUUCGACUUGCUGUAUUUCACAAACAUAGACGGUGGACCUUGUGGACACAAUGACAAGGAGAUCUUAGGACAGACUCAAGCACACCAGCACACAUAUAUAUUUUUAUAUUUUUAUAAGUGCAUAUUUCUUCCAUCUUUUCAAAGUGUGCUGUGACCUAACCAUCUCAUUGCCAUGUGCUUAAACUCGCCAUAUUUAUUCAACACUUUCCCAAUACCCCAUGGCAUUUCGUCCCUGUAAAGUAAAAAAAAUA